UCAAAGACCUUCACGUUUCUGCAGACAUAAAAGUUCAUUUUGUAGAUGAUGGUUUUGAUUCGGACCGCAGGUCCGGAACCGGUACCGGCUCAUGAACCAACAUUUUGUUUGAAACCAGAACUAAAACUAAGAGCGGAGUUCAUAAUGUGACGUCUGCAGGAUAAAAAUAAUCCGUAAUAAUCUCACUGUUUCCUUUCUGGUGAACAUGAGAUCCAGUUUUACUGUCGAACUGUAUGGACCGGACCGGACCGGUCCUCUGUCCUCCGUCCCUGCGCCGCCUCCUGGUGACGUCAGAGAGGAGGUAGAGGAGGAGGAGGAGGAAGAGUGCAGCAUCAGCAGCAUCCACCACUUCCUCCUCAUCUCAUCAGAUGCUCUCCGGAACCGGUACCGGCAGGUGGUUUGGACCUGGUUCCUAUUAGUCCGGAAGCAGCGUUUCAGAAGCUGAACCUGCUUGAACAGUUCGGCUCGGUUCGGCUCCGGUUCGUAAGCGCAUCGGCAGGCGAUGAGAGCAGAGUCCGGUCGGAGCGGCCUGUUUCCGGGAUGAGGCAGGAGCGGCUCCCCGCCGGCAGGAGGCCCCGGGCGGCCGGCCGGCAGCGGCCGCAGGGUCCGGCGGGGGUCGGCGGCAUCAUCAGCAGCGUCCUGCGGAAACGCAACGGGAUCUCCCGCAGCGCCCCGCGGCUGCUCUGCACCUUGGAACCAGGUGUUGACACCAGGCUGAAGUUCACCAUCGAGCCGUCGCUGGGAAACAGCGGCUUCCAGCAGUGGUACGACGCGCUGAAGGCUGUGGCUCGGCUUCCCACCGGGAUACCGAGGGAGUGGAGGAAGAAGGUUUGGCUAACGCUAGCGGACCGCUACCUCCACAGCAUCUCCAUCGACUGGGACAAAACGCUUCGCUUCACCUUCAACGAGCGCAGCAACCCGGACGACGACUCCCUGGGCAUCCAGAUCGUCAAGGAUCUGCAUCGCACCGGCUGCAGUUCUUACUGCGGCCAGGAGGGGGAGCAGGACCGGGUGGUUCUGAAGCGGGUUCUGCUGGCCUACGCCCGCUGGAACAAGUCGGUGGGUUACUGCCAGGGCUUCAACGUGUUGGCUGCUCUCAUCCUGGAGGUGACUGAAGGAAACGAGAGCGACGCGCUGAAGGUGAUGAUCUACCUCAUUGACAAGGUUCUGCCUGAGAGCUACUUUGCCAACAACCUGCGAGCGCUAUCAGUGGACAUGGCGGUGUUCCGGGACCUGCUGCGGCUCAAGCUGCCCCGACUGUCUCAGCACCUUCAUCACCUGCAGAAAGCGGCCAAUAGGGAGGCUGGAGGCAGCUACGAGCCGCCGCUCACCAACGUCUUCACCAUGCAGUGGUUCCUCACCAUGUUCGCCACCUGCCUGCCGGCGCCGACCGUCCUCAAGAUCUGGGACUCGGUGUUCUUCGAGGGGUCCGAGGUUCUGUUCCGGGCGGCGCUGGCCAUCUGGGAGCGGCUGGGGGAGAGGAUCGAGGACUGCCAGACGGCGGACGAGUUCUACAGCACGAUGGGCGGCUUGACCCUGGAGAUGCUGGAGCAGAACCUGCUGCACCCGGCGCAGCUCAUGCAGGACGUUUACUCCAUGGCGCCGUUCCCGUUCCCCCAGCUGGCCGAACUCAGAGAGAAAUACACCUACAACAUCACGCCGUUUCCCACUGCAGCCAAGGUCAACACCAAGGUCAACGCAAGCAGCGGUCCGUCCGGUUGGGACAGUGAGGAAGACGCCGAUGUGGACGAUGAUGACUCUGUGGCGGCGGCCCUGGGCUGCUUGGGGCCCCUGGGCGGCCUGCUGGCCCCGGAGCUGCAGAGAUACCAGAAACACCUCAAAGACCAGCGAGUCGAGCAGGGCAGCAUCGCCGAGCUGAGCCCGGGCGCCGUGGGUGGGACCGCCGCAGGAAGUGGUCGUGCGGAGCAUCAGGCGGCCGUCAACAGCAUGAUGCUGGAGCGCAUGAGCACCGACAUCACGGCGCUGAAGAAGCAAUAUGGCCGCAUCAAGCGGCGGCAGCAGCAGCAGGCCAUGCGGCUCUGCAUCCGCACAGGACCCAAACCCGGCCUGGCCACGAGUCCUGGGGUUCUGCAGGACUGUCCCAACAGACCCGGCAGCGGUUCUGACCCGGAUGCUCACGAUAAAUGUCCCGCCACGCGCGUUCUGGCCUCGCAGCUCAACCCGUCCAGCGCCGUCAUCAACCACCUGCUGCUGGGCCGGAAGCCCCGCGGCCCGUCCAGAACCUUCCGGCCCGGGUCGGCCGGCGCGCCGGUACCCGGCUCGCCCUGCAGGCGGCGCCGCGGCUCCAGCAGCACCGGAUCCCCGGGCAGCCGCAGAGGCUCUCCGUGGCGGAACCACGCCCGGCAGCACCGCAGGAACCCGGUCCGGGUCCGGGCCCGGAUCGGGGUCCGAGACUCCGAGGAGAGGGAGGAUGAUGAUGAUGAUGAUGAUGAAGAGGAAGGGGAGUCAGAAUGUGAAGAGGAGGUGAAGGUGGAGGAGGUGGAGGUCCGGUUGGACUCCCUGGACCUGGAGAACCAAGUGACCCAAAACUCCCUCACCGACCCAGAAUCAGAACCUGAUGAAGAGGCGAGGAGAGCUGCAGCUCCUCUUCCUCCUCCAGCCUCGGACCGACCCGGAGAGCCGGACUCAGCUGGUUCUGAUGGACCUGCUGCAGAACCUUCAACAUCAUUUUCCUCACUCAGUCCUCCUCUUCCUCCCUCCUCUUCCUCCCCUGGUCCUCCUCUUCCUCCCUCCUCUUCCUCCCCUGGUCCUCCUCUUCCUCCCUCCUCUUCCUCGGCGCCCCGCCAGCCUCUCUUCUCUCCGUUUCCGUCCAUCAAGCAGCCCAGAAAGUCUCUGGCGGCUCGGAACCUGGGCCUUUACGGGCCGACGUCCAGAACCCCCACAGUCCACUUCCCUCAGCUGAGCCGCAGCCUGAACCGGAGCAGCGCCGCCGGGGCCACGGGCCGGCGUUGAAGAGCUCAGCGGGUCGGAACCGGAUCAGAACCGGGCUCCAGUAUUCCCCGGUUUGCACUACAGCCAUAAAGCGUUUCUAUGCCAAGUAUUUAUCUGCACAGGAUGGACGGAGACCUGAACGCAUCCUGACCCGACGUCCUCCAGAACCUCUUGCUUGUUUUCCCAUCACUCUGUUCUGGUUCUGUAGAAACCCAGAAUGUACCGUCUCCAUCUGUCGUAAUGAAAGAAUGAAAGGAAACAUUCAGCUGUGGCUCGUUUCUUCUGUUCUCAAAGAUCUGAACCAGUCAGAACCAGUGGGAGUUAUUUUCUGACCUCAGAUCAAACAACUCAACCACUUUUUCCUUCCACUAAGCUUUCCAUUAAUAUGGUUGGAUCUAGCCCUCUGAACUUCUGCUGCUGUGGCGUCCUGCUCUUCGUCUUCAGCCAACCAUAUUGAUGGAAAGCUUAGUGGAAGGAAAAAGUGGUAGAAUAAGUUCAGAUCUGAAGCAAAGCAUCCAGAAUCCAAUCGGUGUUCUGACCGUUUUCAUGUCUGACACACAAAUUUCCAGAUGAGUCGAUUAACCAUCUUUACCAUAUAUAAAUACUAAAGAUGACAAUUUCUGGAAUAUGUAGCCUGUAGAGUGGAUGGAGAUGGUUGGGAUAAGGAAUAAAAUCUGGAAAAUAGCUGAA